AAACACACACACGCACGUAUUUAUUAAAGGUCCAGAGUAUAGAGUCUUCCUCUAGCUACAGAGGUUACAUCAGACCUAUUACAGCUUCGUGUUGGCUCCAUGGUGUCUGGUUAUGCAUGUUAAAUGACUGUGUUGACCAGAGGUGGGAAGUAACGAAGUAUUUGUACUUCGUUACUGUACUUAAGUAGAUUUUUCAAGUAUCUGUACUUUACUUGAGUAUUAAUUUUUCUGGCGACUUUUUACUUUUACUCCUUACUUUUAAACACAAUUAUCUGUACUUUCUACUCCAGAGGUGGGAAGUAACGAAGUAUUUGUACUUCGUUACUGUACUUAAGUAGAUUUUUCAAGUAUCUGUACUUUACUUGAGUAUUAAUUUUUCUGGCGACUUUUUACUUUUACUCCUUACUUUUAAACACAAUUAUCUGUACUUUCUACUCCUUACAUUUUCAAAACGGGCUCGUUACUUUUUUCCCACUACCGCGGAUGACGGCAUGACGUAAAGGACGUAAUAAAGGAGAGGGAAAGUCAACCCGCGAAGAAGGAGAAAUAUCAACAUCACAUCGCCUAGCGAGCUACGAGCAACCAACGAGCGAGCCUUGUCUAAACUGGAGGUUUUAACAUGGAGGAGGAAAGCGAGCGAGAAAGCGAGCCUGACAGCCAGGACAUUCGCCACCCUUGGCCUUAUUUACAAGAACUUUUCGAGGUGGUCGGCUCCAAGAAUGACUCAUGGCGUAUGCGUUGCGUCCUUUGUAAACCUAAAAGCCAUGAGAUUCUGGCUUUCAAAAACUCACCGUCGAAUCUGAAAAAACACAUAGAGAGAAAGCAUUCAAAUCAUGUGGAGCGAUACAAAAGCCUGACUUCAACAACUCUAAAGAGGAAGUCUGUCUCCUCAGAGGAAGGGUCAUCCAAGCAACUGAAACUAUGGGAAAUGAGAAGGGUAUCGCAAAAAAGUGUUGAUCAGUACAUUAUAAACUUUGUUAUUCAGGGUCUCCACCCCUUUAGCAUUGUGGAGCAGCCAGGCUUUCGAGCUCUUCUAAAUCAUCUGCAGCCAGAUCUAACUGUGAUGUCUCGAGGGACCAUAAAAAAUCACAUAGAUAAAGCAACAGAUGAAAUGAAAAACAAUUUAAAGGCUGCUAUGAGUGACAUUGAAUUCAUCGCUACUACUACCGAUUGCUGGACGGCUCAUAGGCGAAGUUUUAUCGGAGUAACAGCACAUUGGAUUGAGUCGGAAACCAUGGUCAGAUCCUCUGCUGCGUUAGCAUGCAAGCAAAUUAGGGGAUCACAUACAUUCUCGGCACUCGCUCAAGCACUAACUGACAUCCAUACAGAGUACAACAUACGUGACAAAAUAGUGCGCACAACUACGGACAAUGGCUCAAACUUCAUAAAAGCUUUUAGGCUCUAUGGUGAGGUAGAUGAAAAUAACAACGAUCUUAGACAGGAACAGACAGGAACAGAACAAGGAAACAGUGAAGGAGAGGAAGAUGAAGAAAACCAUGAUGAAUUUCAGUUUGUGGAGGCUGGAACAUUGUUGGAUCAAGAUGAUGGUUUAGAAUAUCAACUGCCAAAACACCAACGAUGUGCCUGCCAUCUUUUGAACUUAGUUUCAACAGUUGAUAUUUCCACUGCAAAUGCCAACACAACCUACAAACGACUUUCUCGUUCUGCUUUUGCGAAGUGCUCAAGUUUGUGGAAUAAAAGUGGAAGGUCCACGGCAGCAGCGGAGAUAAUCGAAGAAAAAUGCAAACUACAACUUGUGAGACCGGUUGAAACAAGAUGGAACUCUCUCUUCCUGGCAGUCCAGAGAAUCGUGAGGAUCAUCAGAGAGCAAGGCGAAGGAGCAAUCACAGCUGUGUGCAGCGCACUUAAAAUUCCCAUGUUCACUCCUGCUGAGAUUGCUUUUCUCACCGAAUAUGUAAAGACAAUGAGCCCAUUCGCAAAAGCGAUUGAUGUUCUUCAGGGAGAGACCAGUGUUCAAAUGGGAUGGCUCGUACCCACAAUAACACUUCUCAAGACUAAGCUAGAGAAUCUUCGACUUUCCUCCAAAUUCUGUGUGCCUCUAAUAGAUGCUCUUCAGACUGGACUUGAAAGACGAUUCAGAGAGAUGCUUGAAGAUUCAGAGCUCAUUGCUGCGGCCAUUCUUGUCCCCAAAUUCAAGACUUGCUGGACAAGUAAUGACAACAUUCUUAGAACUGGCCUAGAGUUCAUCAAAAGGCAUCUUAAGGAGCAACCGAUCCAACAUCCAAGUGACACCUCCAACUCCUCCUCAGAAGAAGACUUCUUUUCUCCCAUCAAGCAGGGAAACGCUCAAGAGAACACUAAGCAGCUCGAGUCCUACCUGGCCUGCCCAGAUGAUACCAUGGACAUCCUGAAAUCUUUCCCAGCUGUUUGUAACUUAUCCCUUAAGCUAAACACACCACUUCCAGCCUCAGCUGCCUGUGAGAGGCUUUUUAGCACCGCUGGCCUCAUCUUUACCCCCAAAAGGGCUUGCCUGAACUCCAAGAACUUUGAGAACCAGCUGCUUCUAAGGCUAAACAAGAAAUUCUGGUAGCUGAGGUUUUAUGUUUUAUGUUUCAUGUUCAAGUUGAUUUGCAUAUUGUUAAAGCUGCACUACCUGAUAUCUUUUUCCUUGUGUUUUGGCAAAGAUUAAUUUAGUUAUUAGUACAGUAUAAUAUAAUAAUAUACAGUACAACAUAAAAUGAGAGUUUGAGGUCACCUGUUGGCUGUAUUAUACGUGUUUUUGUUUUAGAGCGAGGGAAGGAACAGGAACUGUUAAUCGCAUAUUUCAGAGGGACAGGAGAACUCUGAUUGGUCCAUAUAUCCUCUAUCUAUCCAGAAGAUAAAGGAAGGAUCAAACACACACGGACCACACACACAAAUUCACUAAUUUAAGGUCCUAUAUUCUCCAAAAUCCACUUUUCUGCUCUUUUUUCUGUUCUAAUGUUUCUACUUUAAAUACAUACACAAAGUUGUUCAUUUGGGUAUGUUUGAGUUGAUAAUUACAUAUAUCCAGAACUAGAAUCUAUCGGGAAUAAUGUGAGAGCUAUUGUUUCAUUUCAAAAUUCAUAGCUUAUUCACAGUAUUUAUUUUUAUUUUUUUUUUAAAGAAUUAAAAGUCAACUCUAGAUCUGUUAUUCUCAUACCUCCUGGUUUGUGUGAGACUGUAUUGUAUCAGUACUUUGCUGGUUAUCAAUAAAAUAAGUUGCAGCAGUAAUCCCUCACAGUAAAAUUCA